UCAUCACCUAACUAUCGCGCGUCGACAUCACGGCAACGCUCUAUCAUUCUCAAAAGGCAAAUCACCUUACAAACUCUUGGAAAAUGGCCGACAUCGCCUUUCCCCCAUACCAAACCACCGGGACCAAGCGUGCCCGCGACGACAGCUGCUCCCCUCAAAUCAGCCACUUCACCAGCACAGACACAUCCUCUGGCUACUCAUCUCCUACCUCGCCAGACACCCCUCCGCAAGCCAAACGGCGCCGCCUCGAUAGCGACGAGGACGCCGUCAGCACCAUCACCGCCCCGUCCACUCCUGCCGACUCCGACUCCUCCUCUGCCACCAGCCAGACAGCGGUGGAUGAGGGUCUUCUCCGCGCCUGGGCCCGCAAAGAAAUGGCAUCGUACGCGGCGGAGGCUGGCCUACCCAACGGCGCGCCGGUCAGGGCACCCGGGUGGUACCGUCCGGUGAGCCGGUUUCUAUCCGGGCGGCGGCCACGGGCUUGGAUCAAAGACUGGGUGACGGGGGAGAUCCGUCCAAGGACGAUGUUGGAUGAGAUGGUGGAAAACAUGACCGCGGAGAGGAGACAGCGGUGGGUAGAGGAUGAAAGGCGGAGGUACUUCCAGGACGACGAGGGAGAGGGAGAAGAACCGGAAGAAGAGGAUGAUGGUGGCAGUUGUACUUGUACAGGACAGGAUAGCGAGUCUGAGGAGGGUGAUGACGAGGGGUCGAAAGCGACGGGUUGUGCUGGGGAUAUAAAGGAUGAAGCUGCGAAGGGAUAGGUGGUUGGAAACAACAUGGACAAGAAGCACAUGGAGGGGGAUUAUAUGAAGGGCAAGGUAGAAUAGAUGAGGGAAGGGAUGAAAGAAACAGGCGUCCUUGCGGAUGCG